CAUGAAUUCUUUCAAGAAAUUGUUCCAAACAUCCCAUGACGACAAGACACCAUCGCUUAAGCACUCCAAAUCGAUGACAUUCGGACUCUCUUCAAAAGGGAGCAUACGUGACCCUCGUACUGAUCCUGUGAAACCCGCGUACCGUGGUAAAAACCCCUUUAAAACUUCAGACAUCGUCUACAUCGAGCAAGCUCCGGGGAUAUUGGACAUCCAUCACUGCGCAAUGUUUCCCAACCCACCACCACCUCCUCCUCGGCCCCCCCGCAGCGCCUUGAGAACGACUUCGUUGAACUCAAAGAACAGCAGGCCCCAACUGUCCCUGCAGAACUGCAACACAAGCUAUCAGCAUGUCGCAGGCAGACAACGAACGAUUCAGCGGUCCCCUUCAGUCGCAUGCUUCUCGCGGCCCACGGCCACGGCCUACCCUUCCCUUGCCCGCAAACAACGGCAUGAAGCCAGCGAUGAUCAAGCUGUCGCGAAUGUGCUGCAAACAACUGACGGCCUGGUUCCCGUAGUCGGGAGCAGUAGACAGGCAGAGCGUGCGCGCGUCAAGUUGAACGCUGGUCGCUCAUACACCCUUGCCCCUGUUCCCCCCGCUCCCCCUGUUCCUACCGCCCACUCCCCGCGCCCACCCAUCUCGCGCUCUGCGCACAGCUCACGUACAAACCUGCGGCAGGUUCCACCUCACCUCGCCAUUCCACACAUUGCUGCAUCAGACCAUGGACAAUCUUACUGGCCUCACAAUAAUUAUCGUGAAUUUUUGGAGGAGCAGGACCCGAACGUCAUCAGUACAAUGAUCAGCCAUUAUCCGGUAGCUCCUUGCUACGACCCUUCGCAAGAGCAGCUACAGCCUAUCCGGUACGACAUGGAGGACCCAAGUCACUUCAGGAAGACACUUAGUUACUUCAUUCAUAUGGCGGUAGCACAAGGUCGUCCCCUGGAUGCACGCGUAGAUGGUCCUUACCACCGCAUCAUUGACGUGUAGUCAUUAUCGCUGAAUCUGUAGAUGGAGGUUAUCUUGUGAAGGUAGAUUCUUCGCGCUGUUCUACUCAAG